AGAGAGGGUGAGGGGCGCUCAGCCUCCAUGUUAGGAGGGCUUUAAAUAUAGUCAGGGACCGUUUGCACCAAAUUAAAAAACUCAAAUGCUAACAAAGAGUUUGAUCGUGACUAAUUUAUUUUGGAUUAAAUUAUGAGUUUCCAUAAGUGCAGAAUCUGAUGCAACAGCUUAGAAGAACUCCUGAAAAUGACAAAACACAAGCACAACUACUAAAAGAUCAAUUUUUACAAAAUAAAAUCUAUUAAUUUACUGAAAUACAUUCACUCCAUCAACAAAUGUGCGUUUUCUAAUCCAGAAUUCGAUUUUCCUCUGUUAUUAUGCAGCAACAAAAACAUAAAAACUCAGAUUUUUGCUUGAAAAAGGAUUUUAUUACACUUUUUAUGUAUUUCUCGUGACACUACAACUCAUCACAUCUGGAGUUUCAAACAAAAAUGUAAGUGUGACAAAAGGAAAAAACUAUUUUAUUUUGAAAUCACAUAAUUGGACAUUUUUAAGGAAGAUUUAAUCUGUUUGUGUUGUUGACAAUCAAAACGUCUCCAUCUGUUCAGACGGAGGGGAUCAAGAGUUUCCUUGGAGAGUCCAGAAUCAGUGGAGAUGACCAGAUUUACUGCGAGUGCUGCCAGGCUAAAACUGAUUCCACUAGUAAAUGUGAGCUGAAGCGUCAUCCUCAAGUUUUGACGCUGCUGCUGAAGAGAUUCAGGUUUGACUGCAGUACCAUGCAGUAUGUGAAACUCAAAUGCACAGUACAGAUUCCUCUUAUCCUGCAGAUACCUCACCAUGAAGAUCAGAGUCAGGGGUACGAGCUGUACGCUUUGGUGGAUCACUCUGGAGAGCUGAGACAUGGACAUUACACCGCAACCAUCAAGGCCCAGGACGACAACAGAUGGUACAACUUCAAUGACAGUUCAGUCACAACGCAUCAACACCAACAAAACAUACAGGAAUACGGAAGGUGAGUUUUUCCAUAAUAAUUAUUAGAGAAAGUCAAAUACAACAUGAUAUGUAUUUAAAAAAUGACUACACUAAUUUUUUUUAAAUAAAGUUUGUUCAAAUCCC